UUAAUAUUAGGGCGAAGGCACCCCGCACAACACUCUCCCGACCAAGCCCCGGCAUGUCAGCACGUCGGCGGAGCCUGCCUUCCUAAAGGUGGGAAGAAUACCGGGCACAUCUCGCUUCAUGUGCUGUCCUGUCGCAGCCCAGCUGUGGGGCGGUCAGGAGCCUCGUGGUGGAACAGCUGUUUGCUUUUCCCAUUCAGAGGGAAGGAUGAACGCUCUACCUAAAAACAGGAUGUGAGCGGAAGAGACCUGUCAUUGUGAGUCUGGCCGCUGCUUGUCGCUGAUGUCAUCCCCAGGGUGACAUGACCUCGUGGCCAUAGACCUAAGUGGCUGCAGUUAAGAACACUCCGGUCCCUGUUGCAUCUACGCACUCUCCACCUCCACCUCCAAUUACGGCAUCAGCUGACAUCAGUCACAAUAAGGCUCGUGAUUGGAGGAAGCCUGUUUGACAAGAUGAAAACGGUACGGCACUCGGAACAGACACUUAGAACAGCUCUCAUCUCAAAGAACCCAGCACUUGUGUCCCAGUAUGAGAAGCUCGAUGCUGCAGAGCGGCGUUUGAUGAACGAAGCCUUCCGACCAGCCAGUGAUCUCUUCGGGCCCAUCACCUUGCAUUCGCAGUCAGAUUGGAUCACCUCCCAUCCUGAGCCUCCCCAAGACUUUGAAGAGUUUUUCAAUGAUCCUUCCAGAAAGACACCCUCUCGAGAGAAACACAGGAUUUAUAUACAGUGCAUUGGAUCUCUAGGAAAUACCAGAAUUAUCAGCGAAGAAUAUGUUAAAUGGCUCAAGGGCUACUGUGAAGCAUUUUUCUAUGGCUUGACAGUGAAACUCCUAGAACCAGUCCCUGUCUCUGCAACAAGGUGUGCCUUUAGAGUCAAUGAUAGCACGAAGAACCUACAGAUACACGCAGGGCACAUCCUGCACUUCUUGAAAAAGAAGAAACCUGAAGAUGCCUUCUGCAUUGUGGGAGUAACGAUGAUUGAUCUUUACCCAAGAGACUCCUGGAAUUUUGUCUUUGGACAGGCCUCUUUGACAGAUGGUGUGGGGAUAUUCAGCUUCGCCAGGUAUGGCGGUGACUUUUACAGCUCAAGCUACAAAGGCAAAGUGAAGGUGUCGCAGAGACAGUCUUUGCGUGACUAUUCGGCGUUUGAUAACUAUUACACUCCUGAAGUGACCAGUGUUCUGCUGCUUCGGUCCUGCAAGACUUUAACCCACGAGAUUGGACACAUAUUUGGACUUCGACACUGCCAGUGGCUGGCAUGCCUAAUGCAAGGCUCCAACCACUUGGAAGAAGCUGACCGGCGCCCCCUAGAUCUGUGUCCCAUCUGUUUACGCAAGUUGCAAUGUGCUAUUGGCUUCAACAUUGUAGAAAGAUACCAAGCCCUGGUGAGGUGGAUUGAUGAUGAAUCUGCUGACACGCCCCGAGUUACUCCGAAAUGUAGUCAUGACGGUAAUGUGAAUUUGCCCAAACCCGUGGAAGCCUUUAAGGAGUGGAAAGAGUGGAUAAUAAAAUGCCUUGCUGUUGUCCAAAAAUAAGAACCUUCAAAUAGGAGUAAUUAAAAUCCUUGCACAUCAUGCUUGCUUUUGUAUGGAGUGCUUCAUUGGAAUAAACUGUUUACUGAUUCUGCCCUGU